CACGGUCACACUGACGUUGAUGUGUGUGUUGUUGGUCGCCGUCUCUACGAAAUCAUUUGUUUAACACAGCAGUGAGUGUAAUGCGCUAAACUCUCAAGUCAAUUUUGCGUUGAAACGAGACGCGGCGUUGUGACGUCAAAAGCAGCAGCAGGAGCAGCAUCAGCAGCAGGAGCAGCUUUGCCACAUCUACUACGCCGCCCGUUGCCACCCCACAGCACACGCACACACACACACGCUCACACAUACAGCUACGCAGCAUAACAAUAUAAAGGAGCACAUACCAAAAAAAGAAAGAAAAAAAAAAGAGAAGCAAGCAAGCAGAAGAAGAAGCAGCGCUGCGAAGACGACGACGGCGACUAGCCGAAAUACGAGUGACUGAAACAGAGAGGCAGAGAGAGGGAGCGAAAGAGAGCGAGCGAGCGUGCAAGCGCCAGCGUUGUGUGAGCAGCAACAACAACAAUAACAGGAACAGCAAACGGAGCAAAAGGAGACAUAAAAAUGGAACAGCCGAGCAUACUCGUUAAAAUCCUGCAUUCAAUACCGCAUGUGAAUUACACAUUUCGUCGGGUUAAUGACACCUUCAAUCCGGAUAGCGAUGUUUACCUAGAGAGUCUGGGUAUUCUGGCUUCCAUACCUGCGGGCAUGCUGAUUCUCUCGUUGCUCGGCUUGCUGCUGUAUCUACUGACGCGUUGCUGCGAUCGCAAGCAGCGCAAGCCGAGCGCUCAGCGCUGCCAGAGCUGUUCGCUGGUCAUCAUAACGCUGAUGACCUGUGCGGCCAUUGGACUAGGCUUAUAUGGCAACGAUGAUUUCCACAAUGGUCUGCUGCAAGCCUUCAGCUCCGGCAGGAAGGUGGAGAGUCUUGUGCUCAAUCUUAAACAAGAGACUGAAACCAUAAAGCGUGAUCUCGAAACGAAAAUGGCAUCGCACAAGGUGCAGGACAUGGUGGAGAAGCCCCAAUACAAUCAGACCGCCGUUAUGCUGCUCAUUGAGACGUCGCGUCUGGUGCGGGAGAAUACCUCGCGCGCGGUCACCUCGCUGGACAACAUGGUGCUCUACUUCAUGAAGACCAAAGGCAGCGAGAACGAGACCUCACUGAUGGGCAUUCUCCAUCUGGGCGAUCUUUAUGAAUCGAUACGCUGGCCAGCCACAUUGGCCUUCCUCACCCUGCUGCUGUUCCUGUGCACUGUCCUGGUCAUCGGGGUCGCCCGUCGCUCGCGCUGUACGCUGAUCUUCUUCAGUGUCUCGGGCCUCUUCUGCAUCAUCAUCUGCUGGCUGCUGGCCGGCAUCUAUCUGGCCUCCAGCGUGGCAGCCGGCGACUUUUGCAUGCGCCCCCAUGAGUACAUGUGCCGCCAGGUGGGCAUGCGCAGUCCGUAUGUUUAUUUCCUUAACUGUGGCACAUUGCGCAAUCGCUUCAUAUUGCGCCUCAACGAGUCCCGCGAUUUGGUGGAACGUGCUCGCGAGAGCGUUGAAAUGAUGCAACGCAUGAGCCAGGACACGUAUCCGCGCAUUGACAUUCAACGCACGCUAAACGCGAUGGACAACGACCUGGAGGAGACGAAACGCAAUCUGACCAAUCUGUCCGCCACACUGGACAGGCGGGCCAUCGAUCGACACUAUGCGGAGGCACUGCACGGCCUGUGCGGCGGCGGCUUGCUCGGCCUGAGCCUGAUGAUGGUCGCCGGCCUGCUGACCGCCUUUCUGCUAACCAUACUCGUCUACGCGGACUCGCACGCCUGGAUCUACCUGAGCAAGAGGCCCACCAUGGAUGGCGACAAGUCGGAGACGGCGCCGCUGUUCUCGGCGUCGAAUGCGCCGAGUGCCAGCAUUUCGCCAACGGCGCCGAUGAGCACCGGCACCAUAAAUCGCACACUGCUGCACCAUCAGCAGGCGCACGGUGUGCCGAUGGGCGGCAGCGUGGCCGGCGGUGCUGGCGCUGGGGGACACACGGGCACGCUGCCCAGCGGCGGCAGCUUGGCUGGCGGCAAUGGCGUCGGACCGUACAGGAAUGGCACGGCGGGACUGCGACAAGGGUUGGCAUCAUCACCAUCAUCACAAUCAAGCAACAACAAUACAUCAUCUGCAACAACUUAUAACCACCACCAACAACAACAACAACAACAACAACACCACCACCACCACCACCACAACAACAACCACCACUACAACCACAACAACACACAGCAUAGAACUAACUCAACGGCAGCGGCGGUGGCGGCGGCCACAUCCCUUUCGAGCCGCUCCAAUGGGGGGCGCCGUUCGCCGUCGCCGCCGCCCGGCUAUGAUUUGGUGCAUGGCACAAGAUCGGGCCACCACACGCUGGGCCGGCUGCCGUCGCACCACCAACAGUCGGCGUCGUAUCUGCCCGGCCCCAACAACGGCAAAUAUGCGACGCUCAGCAAGCAGUGUAAGACGCUCGAAUCGAACGACUUCUACUGAGAUUCGCUUGCCUGCAGCACGUAUGCAGGCAAUAGCAACAACACGCAGCACAGCAGCAACAUCAGCCAGCAGCAACAGCAACAGCAACAGCAGCUGCAGCAGCAGCAGCAGCAGCACCAUCACAGCAGCAGCAACACAUUGAAGAACAUAUUCGCAUCGGCCACGCUGCCCCGCUCCACGGGCAGCUCCAUACGCUCCGUGCUGUCCGCGCAGACGGCCAACGCCAUCUGCAAGUCAACUGGCAAUGGCCUGGACGCUGACGUCCUGGUCGACGAUCGCGAUCCGCGCGACGUCACCAACAACAGCUUCAAUCGCUUCGAUCCCAAGUACAUCAGCAUCGGGCCGAAGGCGGUGCGCGGCAACAACAAUCUCAACAUUGUGGCCGCCGCCACGGCCAACAAGUGCGCCACGCUGCGCCACGUGGGCCGCUACGGCGGCUCGCUCAAGGGCGCCUCCCCGUCGCCCAAUCUGCGCAGCGCCAAGACGCCGUCGAUAGCCACAGUGUCCAAGGAUUACUGCCAGCAGGCGGACUGCAUGACGCAGGUCUAUGGGGGCGGCUCCACGGACAUGUUGGUGCCGAACGCAACUCAGCAGCAGCAGCAGCAGCAGCAACAACAGCAGCAACAGCAACAACAGCAGCAGCAGCAACAACAGCAGCAGCUGCAGCAGCAGCAACCGCCGCCACCUUCGCAGCAACAGCAGCAGCUGCAGAUGCAGAUGGUGGUGCAGCAGGUGGUGCCACCACCGCCGCCGCCCCAGCAGCAGCAAUUGCAGCCACAGCCCGCGCCACCGCCGCCACCCAAGCCAAAGAUAGUCAACACCUUUACGGAAAUACCCGGCACCACGGGCGUGGGCAGCUCCUAUGCCAAGGAGCAGCAGCAGUUGCUGGCGCUGCAGCAGCAACAACAGCAGCAGUUGCUAGCGCUGCAACAGCUGCAACAGCAACAGCAGCAGCAGCAGCAACAACAACAGCAGCAGCAGCAGCAACAGCAGCAGCAGCAGCAACAUCAUCAUCCACCGACAACUCACAUCCUGCCGCCCUCGGCCGUCUACAGCAUUGAGAGCAGCAGCGUCUAUCCGGCAGCAGCGGCCGCUGUGCCGCCGCAGGCAGCGCCGACAGCGGCGCCGCGCGUGCAGCGCUCCCUGAACCCGGCUUCGAUAGUCAAUCAGCCGCUGCCGGAGAUACCGGUGCAGUCGCCCACCGGCAACGGCGUCCUGCCCGCCUCGCAGUCGAAGAUCUCCUCACAGCCGCUGUGCGCCGCCACGCUGGGCCAGUACCGCUCGCUGCAGCGGCCCCAAGGGGCGGCGCAGCAGAAGCUGCAGCUCGCCUCGCAGCAGCCACAGCAGCAGCAGCAGCCGCCCUCGCUGCCGCCCAAGAAUCGGCACAAGAAUUCGCGGGAUUCGAGCAAUGCGAAUCAUAUGCAGACGCUGCCUCCGAAGUCGGCGAGCUUGCGGCAGCAGCAGGCUGCCAGCUUUGGCUAUGAGCGCGAUCGAGACAGGGAGCGCGAGAGGGAGAGGGAACGUGAGCGCGAGAGAGAAAGAGAAAGGGAUAGAGAGCGAGAGAGGGAGCGGGACAGGGAGCGAGAGAGAGAGAGGGAGCGAGAGCGACCGCGUCGCGCCGAGACGCUGGACAAUGCGCGCAGCUACGCCGAGCAACAGCUGCAGCAGCAGCAGCAGCAGUACGGAGGCCAGCUGAUGCUGAGCAGCAUGAAGAAGCAGCACUCCUACGACAGCAGUACCUAUCACCAUCAGCAGCAGCAGCAGCAGCAGCAGCAGGCGGCCUACUACCAGCAACAGCGGCAGCACAACAACAACUACCAUGGCACCGUCUCGAGCAGUGCCGGCAGCAAGCAGCAGCAGCAGCAGCAGCAGCAUCAUCAUCAGCAACAGUUGCUGGCCGAGCAGCAGCAGCAGGCGCUCUUCUAUCGCUCCCUGAAGCGCAGCUCGGGCGGUGGCUCUGGCGGCGGCGGCGGCGGUGCUGCUGUGACAGCUGUGGGUCAUGCCGCCAACAGCGAUUUGUAUUCUGUGACGGAAUUGUAGGAGUGCGCCUGCUGCGGCGGCGGUGUUGAUGUUGUGCGGCGUGCCACGAGCUGUUCGACUGGCACGGCCACAGCAGCAACAUCGCUGCACGCAGCGGCGGCAGCAGCCUCAGCCAGCACACAGACACAAGCCCAAGCUCAAUCGCAGCCGCCCAUUCCGCUGCCACCGAAGAAGCAUCGAGCACAGCAGCAGCAGCAGCAGCAGCAACAACAGCAGCAACAGCAGCAUUCUCACCAGCAUCAACAUCAGCACCAGCAAUGCAAUGCGAAUCUGUGCGAUGAGCAUGAAUAUGACGAGUACUGCCCGCAGCAAUACGAGUCGCAGCAGCAGCAGCAGCAGCAGAGCUCGCGCCAUGGCAAGCAGCAGCGCGCGGCCACGUUCGAUACGGCAGAUGCGCGCGACUAUGAACUGAAGCGGCUGGGCAAUCGACGCUCGCAGCAGCAGGCGGCCAGCACCAAGCGCAACGGAGCAGCAAUCAGUGAGCAACAGCAGCAGCAGCAGCAGCAGCAGCAACAUCAUCAUCAUCGCACGCACGAUCGAGAGCGUUCGCGCAGCGAUCAUCGCAUUGCCAGCUAUGCGUGCGAGGAUGCAGCAGCGGCAGCUGCGGCACUAUGCAGCGCUGGCUCCAUGACGCUGCUGGCGGCCAACGGCAGCGCACAGCACCAGCAGCAGUCGCACAGUCGCAGCCACCAGCAGCAGCAGCAGCAGCAGCAGCAACAACAACACCAACAGCAGCAGCAGCGACGAGAGAAAACGUUCAAAGUAUGAUUUUUAGAGACGUCAUAAAAAUUGCCCAGCCCGCGACCAGCUGACUUCGACGGCGAUGUUGCUGUUGCUGCUGCUGUUGUUGUCACGGCAACAACGCGCAGGCGACGCACGCGCUAAGCCAACAGCAGCAGCAGCCGCGUCAACACUGAAGCCAGCCGACGUUGCGGAUUUUUCUAAUAAAUAAAUGAAUGCCAGCCAAUUGCAGCGAACUGUUUAAGCAGAGCACAAAACUCGAUUGCAGCGAUUUGGUGCAGUACACGCCCCCCCAGCCGCCCCCCAGCCGCCCCCCUCGCCCUUAACAGCCACACAGGAUGAAUCCUGCUUUAAGUUCUUGAAGCCAAUUGGCAGAAAAUCAUGCGACAAAUUUGUUCAAUUAAUGUGAGAAGUGGAAGGCAAGUUGCACUUGCCACAUGACAAGCCGUGCCUCAUGCAAAUGCACACAUACACACGCACACACAUACACACGCACACACAUACACAUACACACACACAGUGGUACAAGCCGCCCUCUUCGGUUACUCAAUCAUAUGUUACAGUUGCAAGUCAGCAGCCGCAAUUUGUUGUGCUGCCACGCCCCCCUUUUUGCUUCGUGUUGUUGCCUAUUGUUAUAUAUAUAUAAUUAUGAUUUUUAUUUUCAAUUUUUUUUUUUUUUAAAUCUAAAUAUAUGACUAUUAUUUAAGUUAACUGUAAUUAAGCAUAAGUUCAACUAAGCUAAUCAAACAAUUUAUUUAUUUAUGCAAGAGAUAAAAAAGAAGAAGCAGAAAUUGUGCCCAGCUUCCCAGCCAACUGCACCAACUCAAGAUCCCACGAAAUUUCUAUAAUUUGCAAAAUGUUUAGUUUUUGGAUCAUUUGAAUUUGUUUAUUAUUUAAAAAAUCCGUUGCGCAGGAGCAAACAACAGCAGCGAAAAGUUCGUAAUUUUUGUGACGUCAGAAAACUAAAGAGAAGUGAAAGGAGAACAUGAAAACAAAUACUGUAAUUAAUGAAAUUCCAUUUUAAAUAAUAAACAACAAAAUACAGCAAGCAAUAAAUAUAUAUAAACAAAAACAAAAAA